UCAUUCACACGUACACAUAUGCUCGUCUAUGCAUUCAUCUUCGUUUCGAGUGCAGAUAGUGUUAUAAAAUGCAGCUCGAAGGAACAGAUCAGCCGUUUGUAACAUAAUUUGUCCCUAAUUUGCACAUACUAUUAUUAAAAUGUCAUUGCAAUAUAAAUAUGAUUAUAUAUUAAGUUAUGUAAAAGACUGUGAAAAACAUCACAACCGAUUAAUGGAAUUUAUGAUCUCGAUCCUACGUCAAGGGCCAAUUGCCACUGUACUUUGACCCCUGCUUGAUCAACGAGUUUUAAGACUGUUAUUUCGUCGACACUUUUGUUGAUAGACUUCCAGUCUCUAUACAAUAAUCAUGUCGGACGCCGUUAGCCCUAUUAAAUAUUUCUUGAGCGGUGGAUUUGGAGGAGUAUGUACUGUGAUAGCUGGCCAUCCUCUGGAUACCAUAAAAGUACGGCUCCAGACAAUGCCAGUUCCACGACCCAAUGAAUUGCCUCUCUACACUGGUACAUGGGACUGUGCUAAAAAAACAAUCACCAAAGAAGGAAUACGUGGUUUAUAUAAGGGCAUGGGUGCACCAUUAUCCGGCGUUGCUCCUAUAUUUGCGAUAAGUUUCUUUGGCUAUAGUGUUGGGAAGAAGCUGCAACAGAGCGUCCCAGAUGAGAAACUCACACCGUUACAAUUGUUUUACGCUGGUGCAUUUAGCGGCAUAUUCACGACUAUUAUAAUGGCACCUGGUGAACGUAUUAAAUGUCUGUUGCAAAUACAGCAUGCAGACGCGAAGCCAAAGUAUAGUGGACCUUUGGAUUGCGCUAAGCAAUUGUAUCGAGAAGGAGGCAUCAGAAGUAUCUAUAAAGGCACCUGUGCUACAUUAUUAAGAGAUAUUCCAGCUAGCGGAAUGUACUUUUUAACAUACGAAUAUCUAAAGGAACGAUUUACUCCAGAGGAUGGGAAACUUAGCUUAUUGGCUACCAUAACGGCUGGCGGUUGUGCAGGCAUUGCGAACUGGUUGGUGGGAAUGCCACCUGAUAUCCUGAAAAGUCGCCUACAGACUGCACCAGAAGGUACGUACAAACACGGAAUACGCGAGGUAUUUGUUAAAUUGAUGAAAAACGAGGGACCAAUGGCGCUUUAUAAGGGUGUCGUACCCGUUAUGCUACGAGCUUUUCCUGCAAAUGCGGCCUGUUUUAUGGGCUUCGAAAUUUGCAUGAAAUUCUUGAACUGGAUCGCGCCAAAUUUAUAACUUAAACUGAACGAUGUAAUUAUAGAAUUUUUGAAAAAUAUUCUAUUUCUCGAGGUCUGUUGCUCUCCUUAUACUACAUUUCAUACUAGAUAGGUGUAAAGUGAUUAAUUUUACCGCGACAGAA